GGUGAAAUAGCCAAUCGCGCUCCUCCUCCUCCACACGAGCGAACGAAGAUGGCGCAGGGCGGCACGGUCCCCAGCGAUCUCUACCAGCAUGUGUACUCGUUUCUCGUGGGAAAUAAGUUCGCCAAAGCCGCGAAAGAGUUCUUAAAGCAGGCUAAAGUGAAACCUCAAGACCAAAAUGAGGACAGUCUCCUGGACAUCUUCAAUUUUUGGGUGAAGUCCCCAGAAACCAAAAAGCGCAAAGCGGUCACCAGUGGCCCUGCGGCGGUCAACGGCCCAUCGGCCAAGAAAGCAAAGAAAGAUGCGGUGAGUUCAAGUAGUGAGGACUCCAGCAGUGAAGAGGAAGCUGCAGCACCUGCCAAGAAAGCCGUACAAGCGAAAGCUCCUGCUCCAAAGAAGCCAGCAGCUGUAGCUGCUAAAAAGAGCAGUAGCUCUGAAGACUCCAGCGACUCGGAAGAAGAAGCUCAGGCUAAAACGGCAGCAAAGAAGCCUGCAGCUGUGAAACCUGCUGUUCAGCCUGCAGCAGCAGCCAGGAAGAAAGACGCCAGUUCCAGCAGUGAGGAGUCAGACUCUGAGGAGGAGCCGGCCAAAACUCCAGCAACAGGAGCAAAGACCAAGCCUGUGGCAGGGACCCCUAAACCGGCGUCCACUCCAGUGUCUGCAGCUCAGAAGAAGCAGGACAGUAGCAGCAGUGAGGACAGCUCAAGUGAAUCCGAGGACGAGGCUCCAGCUAAGACAGCAGUAAAAACACCAGUCCCGGUGAAGACCCCUCCAGCUAAACCCGCGGCCCCUGCAGACUCCAGCAGUGAGGAGUCAUCCUCCGAUGAGGAAGAUGCACCUCCUACUAAGAAACCCAAGACUGGACAAUUCAAUGCCGUCCCGCCCCCUGGAACACUGACCGCUCCAGCCAAAGCCCCUGCUGCCAAAGCUGCUCCGGCUAAAGCAGCCCCAGCUAAGAAAGCACCUAAAAAGGUCGCUCCUGCUCAGAAAAAGGACUCUUCGAGUUCAGAUUCUUCAAGCUCAGAGGAUGAAGCAGCAAAGCCAGCUGUCAAAGUCACACCGGCAAAAGCUGCAUCUGCUAAAUCUACACCUGCAAAAGUUGCUCAAGCUAAAACCACACCUGCUAAAGUCACCCCGGCUGCAGACAAGUCUUCAUCUUCGAGCUCAGAAGACUCUGACGAUGAGGAGGAGGCGGCCAAGAAACCGGCAGCUAAAGUUGUCCCUGUUAAACCUGCGCCAGCCAAGAAAACGCCAGCUAAAGUCAAGCCCGCUGCAAGAGAAUCGUCAUCAUCUAGCUCCGAGUCGGAGGAAGACAAACCGGCCACAAAACCAACCCCAGCCAAGGCUGCUCCUGCUAAAGCUGCUCCUCCAAAGACAACCCCUGCUAAGAAAGACGAUUCCUCAAGUUCAGACAGCUCUGAGGAUGAGGCACCUGCCAAACCAGCAGCAAAGUCCAAGCCUUCGAGCACUCCUAAACCUGCAGCCAAGCCCGCUGAAUCCAGCUCUGACUCGGACAGCUCUUCAGAUGAAGAACCUCAAAAGAAACCUGCCAGCAGACCGGUAUCCAAACCUGCUACCCCAGCAAAACCUGCCCCAGCCAAUGCUGAAUCCAGCUCUGACUCGGACAGCUCUUCAGAUGAAGAACCUCAAAAGAAACCUGCCAGCAGACCAGUAUCCAAACGCACCCCAGCUAAACCUGCAGUUGCAGCUAAACCAGCCGAUAGCAGUUCUGACUCUGAAACCGACAGCUCUGACUCUGAAGACGAGACUCCAGCUGCAAAGAAAGCUAAACCAGCAGCGGCUGCUACUACUAAGAGCCCUGCCCCUGCCUCCAAACCACCUGCUCCAGCAGCUGAGUCCAGCAGCAGUGAUUCGGACAGCUCCAGUGAAGACGAGAAGAAGGUGAAGACUGUGAAGACGCCCAAAGCAGCAGCAGCAGCUAAGCCGGCCGUGACUCCAGUUAGUGCGAAGAAAGCCAAGAGCAGUAGCUCUGAAUCUGACAGCUCAGACUCUGAGACCGAGGCUAAGAAGACUCCCGCCAAGCCUGCAGUCACCAACGGAAAGGCUGCUACAACAAAAACCCCCACCUCUGCAGCAAAAACGCCGGCUAAAAAGACAGCAGAGUCUUCAUCCUCGAGUGACAGCGGUUCUGAUGAAGAAGAGUCGCCUAAAACACCAGCUGCGAAAACGCCACCUGCUACAAAAGCACAGGCUGCUAAGGCCAAAGCAGACAGCAGCUCGUCUGAGGACUCUUCAUCGGAGGAAGAGGAAACGACGGCCAAGACUCCCGCCACAACAAACGGCACAAAGAGCAAAAAAAAGGGCAAAGAGGAAGAAACGACAACACCCAAGAAUACAAAAAUCGCCACAUCCACACCUCAGACUUUUCCCAGAACCAAACAGAAGGUAAAGGGCUGUGAUUGUGAGCAUGCUUGUGUUGAUAUGGGAGCCAACGGUGACUGGGGCCAGAAGGCCAACAGCGUGCUUAAAUUUACUAAGGGCAAAUCUUUCCGGCAUGAGAAGACCAAGAAGAAGCGUGGCAGUUAUAGAGGCGGCGCAAUCUCCACCUCGGUGAACUCCAUUAAGUUUGACAGUGACUGA